AUGAAAGAUUUUUUUAAAAACAAAACAUUCGUAUUUACAGGAGAACUUACAUUGGAUAGGGAAUAUGCAAAGUCAAAAGUAAUUCUCCUGGGCGGCAGAGUCACAAUAGCACCAUCAAAAAAGACAGAUUUUUUAGUGGUAGGUGCAGAACCAGGACCAGUAAAAUUAAAAAAAGCACAGGAUUUAAAUAUUAAGAUUAUUUAUGAGCAAGAAUUUACGACAAAUCUUAAUGAAUGUUUACAAAGUGAUGAUAUUUCUAAUGUUUUAAAUCAGAAUAAUGGCGGAAUGACAACAGAAGCAGAUCAAAUCAGUUCUGAUUUUGAUGAGGCAUCUGUUUUUGAUACACCUGAAGAAUCGAUACAAAAAUCUAAAGAUAUUAAUGCAAUAAUUGAGCCUGAAAAGGCAACAACUUACACAAAUAUGUGGUCUGAAAAAUAUCGGCCUAAGAAACGGUCUGAUCUGAUAGGCAAUAGUUCUGUAAUAGACUCGCUUGCAGAUUUUAUGCUUGGAAAAACUAAGAAUAGAGGUGCAUUGCUAAGUGGAUCGCCGGGUAUAGGAAAGACAACUUCUGUACAUGUUUUAUGUAAGGAACUGGGAUUGGAUCUAGUAGAGUUUAAUGCAAGUGAUGUGCGUAAUAAAUCUUUAUUGGUUAAAAAAGUUAAAGGAAUAAUAAACUCGCAGGGAAUUUCUAAAGGACUUAAAUUAAAAAAAAAGAUUGUUUUGAUGGAUGAGGUAGAUGGAAUGACAAGUGAUAGAGGUGGGCUAGUAGAACUUAAUAAUCUUAUUAAAGAAAGUAUUAUACCAAUUGUAUGUAUUUGCAAUGACAGAAAUAAUAUAAAAAUUAGAACAUUGGCUAAUAAUUGUUUAGAUCUUAAAUUUAGAAAACCUGAUAGUAGACAGAUUGUACCUCGAAUUAAAGUAAUACUUAAACAUGAAAAUAAAGUACUAGGAGAUAAUAUUAUUAACGAAGUUAUUUCUCUAAGUCAUGGUGAUAUUCGUUAUAUUCUAAAUAAUAUUCAACGAAUAUGCGUUAACGAUAAAAUUAAUAUUAAUUUAAUGUCAAGUCUCACAAAGAAGACUAUCUUAAAAAGCGUAUUUGAAAUAGCAUCAGAAUGUUUUCAUGGUAAGUCAAUAAACGAAAAAACAGAUUUAUAUUUUGAAGAUUAUUCAUUAAUACCGCUUUUUAUAGCAGAAAAUUAUAUGAAACUUAAAUUUGCAAAUCUUAUUGAUUUUUAUAAAUCAUCAGAAUCCAUUUCUAGCGGAGAUGUAGUCGAAAAAUUAAUAAGAGGAAGUACACAAGAAUGGAGUCUUUUGCCUCUUCAUGGCUUUUUUACCGUAGUUUUACCCACAAAAGAUAAAGCUUUGUUUAAAGGAAUUGAUUUUCCCAGUUGGUUAGGGCAAAAUUCAAGAUAUUUAAAACAUCAAAGAAUAAUUAAAGAAGUUAAAAGGCAUGUGUCAAAAUAUGUAAAUUCUGGUUUAGAAAAUUUUAGACUUUACGAUUCUUAUAUUAUUUUUUUGGAGAUCCUUAAUUUUUUAAAAGAAAACAAUGUUAAAUCUGCUAUAGAUUUAUUAAAAGAAUAUGAUCUAAUAAAAGAUGAUUUUGUCAAUUUGUCUGAAUUACUUUUAGAUGGACAAGCAUUGUAUAAAGAGGUAAAGACAAAAACUAAAGGAGAUUUUACAAGACAAUACAAUAAAAUUAAAAGACAUCUUCCUUAUGAGAUUGGAGAGAUUAAAAAAGCAAAAGGUUCUAAUAAUGAGGAACUAGAAGAAGAGGACGAAAAUAAUUUUUAUUAUUAA